UGUUACUGAGAGACCCUGGGGAAAUGUGAGCUCCUAAACAUUAAUGUGGAUAAUCGAAGUUGUUUUUUUUUUUGUUCAUUGAAGUUGGAGGUUUGGGGAAAAAACAUCUGCGAGGAGUUUAAUGAAUCAUUUAGUGAAUCAUUUUAGUGAAUCAUUUGGUUGUCCUGGAUAGCGAAUAAAGUCAUUUUAUGUCCACCACAAGAUGGCGAUGUGACUCAAUGUAUAUGUGUGUGUGUGUGUGUGUGUGUGUGUGUGUGUGUGUGUGUGUGUGUGUGUGUGUGUGUGUGAGUGUGUGUGUCAGGCCGUUAUAUGAGCUUCGGAUUCACACCGGAGGAGCUUCAGCUCACAGCUACAUCAAUGUGGAGUUUUUUUUCCCCUCUCCAUCUUCUCUCCUCUGUGGUGUGGGAGUGAAGCGGCAGAGCUUCUGGAUCCUCAGCAUCUCCUCUUCGGUGUGGAAAGCCUGUGAUGGAGCUUUAGUGAGGGAUCUCCGGGAGCGAGCUGAGGAGGAAAGUUGCGGGAUCACAGUAGAAGAAGCAGAGCAGCGGCGCGCGCGGGUGAAGCUGGAGCUCAGUGGCUUGUGGGAGUCUGAUUCCCGGAUCUGGAGCUCAGGUUUGUGGAGCUCAGAGGGUUGAGGAACUCAGUGGUGGAUCUCAGUGUUGCGGGUAUCCUCUCCUUUCCUCUCCUCUCUCCUCUCCUCUCCUCUUCUCGCGAGCUGCUGGGGAAGUUGUGGAGCUGGAGGCAAGCGGUCUGAUUCAUCUGUGCGCCCGUAUGAUUAACCGGAGGUGGUGACGUCACAACGAGCCAACACACACACACACACACACACACACACACACACACACACACACACACAGUUCCUAAACUAUAAUUCUGCUGAACUGCACGUGACCUCUCCUGCUCCUGAUGAAGAUGAAUUACUGUAGAGUGUGUGUGUGAUGGAAUGUAUUACACUGACUGACUGUGAGGAAGUCGCGCUCGUUCGGAUUUCACACACACACACACACACACACACACACACACACACACACACACACUAAGGAUACGGGCAAAAAAGCUGAAGAUGAUGAGGGUAAAGUGUGUGUUGCUGCUUCUUCUUUUCCACUACGGAGCUGCUCAAGAUGAUGUCCCUCCAUACUUUAAGACUGAGCCGGUACGUUCUCAGCUCCACCUGGAGGGGAAUCGUUUGGUUCUCACCUGUAUGGCAGAGGGAAGCUGGCCACUGGAAUUCAGAUGGAUUCAUAACAUCACUGAGCUCACACCAUUCUCCCUGGAGUACAGGUAUAUGAUCCCUUCUCUAGAUCAAACUCAUGCUGGUUUUUAUCGCUGCAUUGUGCGGAAUCGAGUUGGAGCUCUGCUACAGCGCAGGACGGAGGUGCAGGUGGCCUUUAUGGGUGCCUUUAAUGACAUGGUGAAGUCUGAGAGUGUGUCUCAGGGAGAUGCUGCAGUAAUUAAAGCACCGCAGAUCCACAGCUUCCCUCAGCCACAGGUCACAUGGUUCAGAGACGGCAGGAAGAUCCCACCAAGCAGCCGCAUUGCAAUCACACUGGAUAACACUCUGGUGAUCCUCUCGGCUGUGGCUCCAGAUGCUGGACGUUAUUAUGCUCAGGCUGUAAAUGACAAGAAUGGAGAGAAUAAGACGAGUCAACCAAUCACACUCACUGUGGAGAAUAUCGGUGGUCCUGCAGACCCCAUCGCUCCCUCCAUCGUUUUUCCUCCGAGGAACACAAGUAUUGUGUCUGGAAGCUCGGAGGUCACUAUGGAGUGUGUGGCUAAUGCUCGGCCAUUGAUAAAGCUGAGUAUAACCUGGAGGAAGGAUGGUGUUCCUGUACAUUUAGGUCUGAGUGACUUUAAUCGUAGGUUGACGCUCCUCAGUCCCUCGGGCAGAGACUCGGGCUGGUACGAGUGUGAGGCAGAGCUCCGGAGCAGCAGCGUCCCAUCUGUCAGUGCUGGGGCUUUUCUGCAUGUGUUGGAGCCUCCACAGUUUGUGAAGGAACCAGAGAAGCAUAUCACUGCUGAGAUGGAGAAGGUGGUGGACAUCCCAUGCCAGGCAAAAGGUGUUCCCCAUCCUGAUAUUGUGUGGUAUAAGGAUGCAGUUCCCAUCAGUCCAUUGAAGAAUCCUCGUUAUCAUCUUCUGGCUGGUGGGAGUUUACAGAUUAAUGGUCUUUUACCGGAUGAUACCGGAAUGUUCCAGUGUUUUGCUCACAAUGCUGCGGGAGAAGUGCAAACUAACACCUACCUGGCAGUCACCAGUAUUGCACCAAACAUUACUGAAGGUCCAUUAGACAGCACUGUGAUUGAUGGGAUGUCAGUCAUUUUACACUGUGAGACAGCGGGAGCUCCACGUCCUGCUAUCACUUGGCAGAAAGGUGAGCAUGUACUAGCAAGUGGGUCAGUCCAGUUGCCCCGAUUCACCCUGUUAGAGUCGGGCAGCCUCUUGAUAAGCCCUGCCCACCUGUCUGACUCAGGUAGACUCACCUGUACUGCAAGCAACUCACGUGGCAUUGACCAGGCAUCAGCACACCUUGAUGUGUGGGCUCGUACACGUAUCUCAACCCCACCUCAGGAUCAGAGUGUGAUUAAGGGCACUAAGGCAACUCUGACAUGUGGAGUGUCUCAUGAUCCCAGUGUUACAGUCAGGUUUUUGUGGGAGAAGGAUGGUCAGGUAAUUAACCCAAGGUCGUCACCACGGCUACGGCUGGACACUAAUGGUACGUUGCACAUCUCACAGACGUGGUCAGGUGACAUCGGAACCUACACCUGCAGAGUGACAUCACUUGGAGGAAAUGACUCCCACACUGCUCACCUGAAAGUCAGGCAGUUGCCUCUUGCGCCAGAAAACCCGAGUUCCACACUGAGCUCUGUGGAGAAAAGAGCCAUCAAUCUGACCUGGACAAAGCCUUUCGAUGGAAACAGUCCUCUCAUACACUACAUACUGGAAGUGUCUGAGAACAAUGCUCCGUGGGUAGUUCUUUUAGCGGAUGUUGAUCCCGGGUCCACAGCGGUGACAGUGAGGGAACUGACUCCAGCUCGGUCCUACCAGUUUCGCUUGUGUGCUGAGAACAAUGUGGGGAGAGGAGCCUUCAGUACUGAGACCAGACGCUUGUCUCUCCCAGAGGAACCCCCCAGUGCCCCCCCACAGAAUGUGAUUGCUAGCGGCCGUACCAAUUCGUCCAUCAUGAUACAGUGGCAGCCUCCCCCUGAGAAUCAGCAAAAUGGUGCGCUCCGGGGAUACAUUAUACGUUACCGUCUAACUGGUCUUCCAGUGGACAUCCAGUACAAGAACAUCUCCAAUCCAGAGGUGACCAACCUGCUCCUGGAGGAUUUGAUCAUCUGGACAAACUAUGAAAUAGAAGUGGCAGCAUAUAACGGAGCUGGACUGGGAGUCUACAGCCAUAAAGUGAUGGAAUGGACAUUACAGGGAGUCCCUACUGUUGCUCCAGGUGAUGUUCAGGUAGAAGCUGUAAACUCCACCACCUUACGCUUCACCUGGACUGCACCCAACCCUCAGUUCAUCAACGGCAUCAACCAGGGAUACAAGCUGUUAGCAUGGCAGGCGGGGCAGGCGGGGCAGGGGGAGGAGCUUACAGUUGUUACAGUUCGGCCCAAUUUCCAGGAUGAGGUCCAUGUCGGUUUCGUCAGCGGCCUGAAGAAAUUUACAGACUAUUUCACAUCGGUUCUGUGUUUCACCACACCAGGGGACGGCCCACGUAGUCCCACCCACAGAAUAAACACCCACGAAGACACCCCCAGUGCUGUUGGUCAUCUGAGUUUUACAGAAAUUCUCGAUACAUCUUUGAAAGUCAGCUGGAGAGAACCGCAUGAGAAGAACGGAAUCCUCACUGGUUACCGUAUCUCAUGGGAAGAGUUUAACCGGACGAACACGCGAGUUACACACUACCUCCCCAAUGUCACGCUGGAGUACCGUGUUACAGGACUGACAGCUUUAACCACAUAUACUAUUGAGGUGGCAGCAAUGACGUCUAAAGGACAGGGACAGCUGUCAUCAUCUACCAUCUCAUCAGGGGUACCACCAGAGCUUCCUGGUCCUCCAACUAACUUGGCUAUCUCUAAUAUCGGCCCUCGAUCAGUUACGCUGCAGUUUAAACCAGGUUAUGAUGGAAAGACCUCAAUCUCCUGCUGGCAGGUGGAAGCACAGAUCAGUGUAAUUGGCGAAAAUGAGGACUGGGUGAAGGUUCACCACCUGACUAAUGAACCUCAUGCUCGAUCAAUGGAAGUACUUGCUCUCAAUCCCUACACAUUCUACAGAUUCCGUAUGCGUCAGGUGAACAUUGUGGGCACCAGCCCACCCAGCCAACCUUCUAGAAAGAUCCAGACCCUGCAGGCUCCACCUGACAUGGCUCCACUCAACAUCACACUGCGUACAGCCAGUGAAACCAGCCUGUGGCUCCGAUGGGUGCCCCUGCCAGAGUGGGAGUACAAUGGAAAUCCAGAGUCUGUGGGUUAUAAAGUGCAGUAUAGUCGAAUUGGGCCUCAUGCUAAAGUCCUAAGCCACAUUAUUCUUGACCGCUUGGAGAGAGAGUUUACUAUUGAGGAUCUAGAAGAAUGGACUGAAUAUGAGGUUAAAGUUCGAGUGAUUAAUGGUAUUGGAGCAGGACCAUGGAGUCAACCUGUACGAGGACGGACCAGAGAAUCUGUGCCUUCCUGUGGGCCAUCAAACAUCUCAGCUUUUUCCACAUCCUCCAGCAGCAUUUUGGUCCGCUGGUUUGAAGUUCCUGAGCCUGACAGAAAUGGUCUUAUCCUUGGAUACAAGGUGGUGUAUAAAGAGAAGGACUCAGACUUUCGUCUUCGGUUUUGGACAGUAGAAGGAAACACCACUCACAGUGCUGAGUUAACAAGUUUGGGAAAAUAUGUCCUGUAUCAGAUACAGGUUUUAGCAUUCACACGUAUCGGAGAUGGACUCCCAUCCUCUCCUCCAAUUCUGGAACGCACUCUUGAUGAUGUUCCUGGACCUCCAGUUGGUAUUUUGUUUCCUGAAGUACGAACCACUUCUGUCAGACUGAUAUGGCAAUCUCCUGCCCAGCCUAAUGGAAUCAUCCUUGCCUAUCAGAUUGCGUAUCGUCUUAAUUCAUCCAACAGCAAAUCAGCGACAGUGGACGUCCUGAACCCGAGCGCAAGGCAAUACACAGUCAGCUUGCUAAAACCUGAAUCUGUUUAUGUCUUCAGCAUCACUGCUCAAACGCGUAAAGGCUGGGGGGAUGCUGCCGAUGCCCUAGUGGUUACCACAGAAAAGAGAGCACGACCCCAGCCUCCUCGCCAUCUCACAGUGUCUCAGGAGAGCGUGCGAGCACGAAGUGUACUGUUAUCAUGGGAACCAGGCAGUGAUGGUCUUUCCCCUGUCCGUUAUUACACAGUUCAGAUCAGAGAACUUCCUGAUCAGAACUGGACUGUCCAAUCAGCAUCCAUCAAUCACGAGGUGGCACCAUACACUGUGGAAAGAUUGAAACCCUUCACUUCAUAUCAGUUUCGUGUAAAAGCCACUAAUGACAUCGGAGACAGCGAUUACAGCAAGGAGAGUGAAGCCAUCACCACUCUGCAGGAUGUUCCUGAUGAAGUUCCCAUCAUCCUCUCUGUCACUCCACAUACCACUACGUCUGUUUUAAUUCGCUGGCAGUCUCCAUCGGAGGAGAAGAUAAACGGAAUUCUACUUGGGUUUCGUAUUCGGUAUCGAGAGCUCCUAUAUGAAAGAUUACGAAGUUUUAACAUCCAGAAACACUCCAGUUGGACCGAACUCACAGAUCCGUACAGUAUGAGAAACCUUACUGAGCCGUCCCUCAACCAGUAUGAGCUGGACAAUCUGAGCAAACACAAGCGUUAUGAGAUCAGAAUGAGUGUGUUUAAUGCUGUGGGGGAUGGGCCAAUCAGCUCACCACAGGAAGUGUUUGUUGGAGAAGCAGUGCCCACAGCACCACCACAAAAUGUUGCCGUCCAAUCAGCUACUGCGACACAGCUGGAUGUGAGCUGGGACCCGCCCCCUUUGGACAGGCAGAAUGGAGACAUACAGGGUUAUAAAGUUUAUUUCUGGGAGUACAAACGUAAGAAUGAGACAGAGAAGUUAAAGACAUUGUUUCUGCCUGAUGGAGGAGUGAAGCUGAAGAAUUUGACCAGUUUCACCACCUACCUAAUCAGCGUCGCUCCCUUUAACGCUGCCGGAGACGGACCACAUAGCCCGGCCACCAGGGGGCGCACUCAGCAAGCUGCUCCCAGUGCUCCCAGUUUUAUCCAUUUCAGUGAACUCACCACCACGUCGGUGAACGUGUCAUGGGCAGAACCUAUUUUCCCCAAUGGGAUAAUUGACAGUUAUCGCCUGGUGUAUGAACCCUGCACCCCCAUCGAUGGUGUGAGUAAGAUAGUAACCGUAGAUGUGAAAGGAAACUCCCCACUGUGGCUGAAAAUCAAGGACCUGGUUGAUGGAGUGACCUACAACUUCCAUAUCCGUGCCAAGACCUUUACGUAUGGACCCGAGGUGGAGGCUAACAUCACCACCGGCCCUGGAGAAGGUGCCCCAGGGCCUCCUGGUGAUCCAUUCAUCUCUCGUUAUGGCUCUGCCCUCACUAUACACUGGACUAGUGGAGAUCCUGGAAGAUCUCCUAUAUCACGAUAUGUCAUAGAGGCCAGACCCUCAGAUGAAGGCCUGUGGGACAUUCUGAUUAAAGAUAUUCCUAAGGAAGUGACAUCAUACACAUUGAACAUGGAUAUCCUGAGGCAGGGGGUGAGCUACGAUUUCCGAAUCAUCGGAGUGAACGAUUAUGGAUACGGAUCUCCGAGUCAGCCUUCUCCCUCUGUAUCAGCCCACAAAGUGGCUCCAUUCUAUGAGGAGUGGUGGUUCCUGGUAGUUAUUGCAUUAGUUGGUCUGAUCUUCAUCCUCCUGCUGGUUUUCAUCCUCAUCAUCAAAGAACAGAGCAAGAAAUACAGCAAAAAAGAGAUCGCUAACAGUCCUAACUGUACCACUCUGACUCAUGGAGAAAUGGUGGGUCUGGAUGAAAGUCGCUUCCCUGCUCUGGAGCUCAACAACCGCCAGCUGUCCGUCAAAACAUCUUUCAACAGAAAGAAUGGUGUCUACACAAGGUCCCCACCUAGACCGAGUCCCGGCAGUCUACACUACUCUGAUGAAGAUAUAAACACUAAAUACAGCGACCUGAUAAAAGCUGAAAGCAGCAGUUUAACUGAGAAAAAAUCUGAACUGUCUGAAUCACAGGGCAGUGAUAGUGAAUGUGAGGGUGACUCCUCCCUUCAGAAUCAGAUGCACUCGUUUGUGAAUCACUACAUCAGCGAUCCCACUUAUUACAACUCAUGGCGUCGACAACAGAAAGGAAUCUCGAGAGCUCCGCCCUUUACCUACAGCCAAUCAGAACCUACUGACUCUACUCCUGUUACUGGUCCUGCCUCUACUCCAGCCACACCCCCUAGCCCUGGAAAAGCAGAGCCUCAGAGCCGAUUCAGAGCAAAAGGCAGUCGGACUCCCACUCCAUCACAACAAAGCUCUGCCCACUCCACUCUGUACCGACCACCCAGUAGCUUGGCCCCAACAGCUACACCCCGCCCACCCAGCAGCUCGGUCCCUCCCACAACAACCCGUCCAUCAAUUGCUGGCGUUUCCUCUUUUGUCUGAUUGUGUCUUAUUGAAUGGUGCUGUGUUAGAAAAAAAUCUCCUCUAAGUAUAAGGUGAUUUUCAGGCUCCGCUGCAAACACUACAGUUCACUUCUUUAUUUUCUUAUUAAAAAGGCUUUUUAGGUUCAUUCCAAAAUGAGAUGUUCUAUCAAGUGUUCUUAUUUAAUGUUCUGUCCCAAACAGAAGAAUGUACACUCUCAAUCUGAAUUCAUUAUAGCAUUUGUACACCUGUGCAUUUUUACAAUCAAAUCAGUCAAUUAGAUUACAGCAUGUCACAAUGCAGGAACACCACAAUGCAUUGUGCUUUACAGUGCUGGCUAGAUAAGCUACAAUAUCCUGUCUCAUGUCUGGCCAUUUACAGAUGAAAACACAUGCUCACAUUAAGCAGAUGUGACAGAUGUAAAAGAGGCAGUGCUGUGUAACGUUACAUUAUGUUGCCUACAACAUCAUCCAGUAUGACUGUUUUGGUGGUGAAUCAGUGACGGUCUGAGGAGGAAUAUCAUUAGGAGGUUGAACAGACCGCCAUGUGCUACUGCACUGUACUGCACUGUACUUCACUGCACCACACUGUACUGCACUGCACAGCACUGCACUGCACUGCAGUGCAGUGUACGGCACAGCACUGCACUGUACGGCACUGCACUGCGCCACACUGUAUGGCACUGCGCUGCACUGUACUGUACUAGACUGUGCAGCACAGCACUGCGCUGCACUGUACUGCACUGCACUGUAAUGCACUGUACCCUUACUGCUUUUAAGAAAUGGAAUGAAAUGCUUAAAGCUAUUGGUAGAUCCUUUGCUGGUGUAGUGAGUCCUGGGUUCCUCCUGGUGCAUGAUAAUGUCAGUGCUCAUGCCAGUGACUGUCCCUCACAUUCGCCAGACCAGAAUUCAUUUAAAAACCUGACCAUCUGACUUGAUGAUUUUGGUUUCCAAUGAGCCUUGAACACAUUUGAUUCUCAAUUAAUUACUAAUAUACAGUGCCUUGCUAAAGUAUUCGGCCCCCUUGAACUUUGCAAACUUUUGCCACAUUUCAGGCUUCGAACAUAAAGAUAUAAAACU